AUGUGCAUGCAAAUGUGGGAUACUCUGCGAGCGAUGCUGGUAUAUGGCGUCCUAGAUCUGCAGGCAUAUCCCAGCCGCAGGAAAGGCGAUUGGAAACAAAGCUCCUACUGCAAAGACUUGAAGGAUCCCUUCCUGGUUCAAAUGUCCCGAGCGUUAUCCGCUCGCAUUGGCGAAACUCCUCACGAGGACCUGCUGUCCGCUUCGACCCAUGCCUUGCAGCAAUUGGAACAUUGGACGGUUGCAGAGACCGCGCGGCGCACUAUCUUUCUUUCUAACAUCGUCCACUUCCUUAGCAGCCACGAUCCACAGAACAGAAAGCCCUCACCGUACUGUGAGCCGCUGGAUCUUCGGCUUAUCAGGAACAUGCCCUUUCCUUGCGCCGUCACGCCCUGUCUAGUGCACGAACGGAACGAGAGUGGCUGGUAA